AUGGCUGCGCAAGUCGCAUCAGUCCCGGCUGCAUCUAAUAACAAGAGCAAGACUUUAUCUGGGGUUUUGGGACAAGAUUUAAACUCUGGGAAUAAACGACCAGGAGGACUCGGGGAUGUGAGAAGCACUAAUAAUAAUAAUAAUAAUAAUAAUAAUAAUGUGGAUCGGCGCUGUGAUGACUCGAACCGAGCUGGUGGAAGCGUGACAACUUCGGUGUCUUCUUCUUCUUCUUCUUCUUCAUCAUCAUCUUCAUCAUCAUCAUCAUCAUCAUCAGUGUCGUCGAGCUCUCCUGGUGUAGAACCUGGUUUUGUGUCUAAUCAUAAACUAAAGCACGCACCGGGAGAUCUCCAGUUUCCCCAGCGCACUGGUCACCACGGCAGCUCGGACAACCAGAGAGCAGCAGGCAGAGAGAGCGCUGGAGGAGGCAGCUGUGAUCAACACAUGUUGAGGAAAAGUGUGGAAGACCAGCAGCCUUGCAGAGCCGCUGAGCCCAUGAGUAGCAGCAGGUACGAGCAAGGCACCUUGGCACCGCAUCUCCAAGCCUCCCAUGCCCAGGGCGCAGGAGGAGGAGGAGGAGGAGGUGGUGGUGGUGGUGGCAAAGCAGCAGUCUCUGAUUUCAAUCACUAUUUCGGAAGUUCAAGAUCAGGACCUUGCUUCGAUCAGCACGGCGCACAGCAGGGCUUCGGCACUUUGAUGUAUCCGGCCACUUCGAAUCAUGUGGAAGCGUCUCCAAACUCGCACGAAGGGCAUCAGAAGAGUCAAUACGGCGCUUAUCCGGGCUACGGGGCCGCAGGAUACCCGAACCCGACCCCCGGGCAGGCCAAAUGCGCUCCUGUAGGGUCCAUGAACAACGCCGGAGGAGGGUUUGUACGUUUCCCGGGACAGAGUCAACAUCCUUCUGGUGCGACACCCACCCUGAACCAGCUGCUCACUUCUCCGGGGCCCAUGAUGCGAUACUAUGAAUACAGCAGCAGCGGCGGCAAAGAUGCGGGCCCCCAGUACGGGUGUGGAGGGUCAGGGUGGCCAGGGCAGAGACCUCAUCCAGGGGCCGCGAACAGCACUCAAAGCGCCAACCGGAACCAGGUGGGUUCGAUGGAUUUCAUGGUGAUGAAGCGCUCUCAGAUGUACGGGAUGAGCAGUAAUCCGUACUCUCAGCAGCAGCAGCAGGGUGGCCCCUAUCCUAGUCAGCCGUAUGGAUCUCCUUCGACACACAGAUACCCGAUGGCCAUGCAGGGCAGAGGACAAAUGAGCAUGGGUGCGAUGCCAUAUCCUCAGCAACAGGUACCUGCUCAUUUUGGCCAGCAAGGUAUGGGAGGGUACUGUCCUCAGGGCCAGCCUGGGUACUACAGCCAGUCUCAGCAAUCCCAGCAGCCUCAGCAGCAGGUGCCCUACAGCCAGCCUCGUACUACCACACAGCAGGAAACCCAGGAGAGCUACGGAAGCAGAAGCCAGCCUGCUGGGAAUGCUGGGAAACCCAACCAUGAUGAGCUGGGAUUGAUCCAGCAGGAUCGCCCCUCCAGUUUACCGGACCUGUCAGGCUCCAUUGAUGACUUGCCCAUGGGAACCGAGGCUCCUCUGAACUCAGCUAUCAGUGUCUCUGGUCCCUCCAACAGUCAGGGAGACCAGAGUAACCAGACUCAGUCUCCGUUUUCACCACACACCUCUCCUCGUGUCUCCAGCAUGCGCCCUGGAUCCUCACCUCCACCUCCACCCGUAGCCUCCCUGAGUCCUGCCGGCUCCAACCAGAUCUCCCCUACCAACGGCCCAGGGUCCCAGCUAGCACCACAGACUCCUGGAAACUUGUCUGACACUGGCUCCAACUCCAGCAUGAACCAGAUUCCCAUGGCUCAGGACCGAGGCUUCAUGCGGAGGAAUCAAAACCAGUAUGGUCCUCAGCAGACAGGACCGCCCAUGUCCCCACAUCUGUCUACCAGGAACCAGAUGCAGCAUGGGAUGAGCGUCUAUCAGCAGAACUCCACGGGUCCCUACGGACCUCCGAGUGGUCCCUACGGCCCACAAGGUAACUACUCGAGACAUCCCUAUGGAGGAAUGACCAAUGCUAACUGCGGUGGUCUGGGGCCUGGCAUGAGCAACAGCCUGGGCAUGAAUGCCAGCAGCCCCAUGCACGGACAAGGACCAGGACAACCCAUGUCAAUGGGCCGUGCCCCAGGACCUGCUGGCAGUCGAGUCUACCUAGGUGGUGGGAACAGCAUGGCACCCACUUCUCCCAGCAUGCCACAGUCCGCUGGUCCAGGGAUGGGGCCUCCUGCAGGAAAUGUGAAUCGGAAAGCUAUAGAUGGUCCAAUGGCAACAAUGCAUCCAACAGGCAACUCUGCACAGGGCAGGCAGGGUGGUUAUUGCGGAAUGAUGGGCACAAGCUCAUUGUAUAGCCAUCAAGUGGGAAAUGCCACAGCGAUGAUGUCACCACAGAGCUGCAGCUCCAACACGUCUCCUUCAGGCCCCAUGGGUGAGGGUGGAGAGGUGGCGAUGCCGCCAGACUCCAAGCAGAAAUCCAGCAGUAAAGAGGAAGUGAUGCCGGUUGCCGAACCUCACAAACCCCCAAAGGAUGGCUCCAGCUCUCAGUGCGGCUCGGAACCCCCCACUCCUUCAGCCCUGACCCCCAGCCCCGCUAGCCUGUCCUCCUACCACGGAGAUGACAGUGACAGCAUCAGCAGUCCUGCAUGGCCCAAAACUCCCUCCAGUCCAAAGUCAGGCUCUGGACCCACAACGAAUGACAAGGUUUCUCGGCUGUACGAAAUGGGAAGCGAGCCAGAGAGAAAGAGCUGGGUGGAUCGCUAUCUGUCCUUCAUGGAGGACAGGGGGACACCAGUCCCUCACCUCCCUGUCGUGGGCAAAAAACAGCUGGAUCUGUGCAAGUUCUACAUGGCUGUAAAGGAGCUGGGUGGCUUGGCCAUGGUGAAUAAGAAUAAGAAAUGGCGCGAGCUCUCCUCCACGCUCGGUUUAGGCAUGUCCAGCAACUCUGCUAGCUCUCUGAAGAAGCACUACAUCCAGUAUCUGUUUGCCUAUGAGUGUAAGGUGGAGAGAGGAGAGGAGCCUCCUCCUGACUCCUGCCCUGCUGCUGAUGGCAAGAAACAGAGCAAGACGGAGCCGCCGUCUCCUGCCACCUCCGGCUCUCUACAGGGCCCUCAAACCCCUCAGUCGACGGGCAGCAGCUCCAUGCCUGAGAUGCCCAGUGAGCUAAAACCACCCACACCAGCCACCACACCGCAGGGGCACAUCAGUAUCCCAGGCAACAGCAAUAAUUCAGUCAGUAUUCAAGACCCGUUCUCAGACGGCAGCGAUCCUGCGUUCCAGAAAAGGAAUAUACUGAGCUCUGGAGGCUCGUAUCAAUCAGCCAUGAACCCCAUGGACUCUAUGAUGAGGAUGCAGUAUGAAAAUAAGGACCAUUUUGCAGGAAUGAGGAAAGUAGGUGGAGAGCCAUGCAUGCCAGCUCAGAUGGCCCCUGCUGGCAUGCAGGACAUCUAUGGCAGGAGUCCCUCGAGUGGCCCUAUGGCAGGACUGGGUAUGGGUCAGCGUUCUCAAUACCCUUAUGGACCAGGAUAUGACCGCAGAUCAGACCAUUUAAUGGGGAUGGAUGGGAGUAUGGGUCCCCAUGGGAAUCAAGGCAACAUGAGUCAUGCCAACAGUGAUGGGAGCAUGUAUUCUCCUACUAGAUUCCAUAAUCAACAAAGACAUGACGGCUAUGGGCAACAGUAUCCUGGUAUGCCAUAUGGUGUCCACCCUCCAGGGAUGUACUCUCAACAGGGCUACAAGCGACCCCUAGAUGGAAUGUAUAGCCCCCCUGCUAAGAGGCAUGAAGGAGAGGUUUACGGGAUGCAGUACGGAGGCCCACAGGCAGAUAUGUAUGGUCAGUAUGGUGGAAAUUAUCCAGAGCGUCGACCCAUGCAGACUCCUUUUCCCUAUCCAUAUAGCCGGGAACGGCUACAGAACACCAGCCAGGGGCCUCAGCAUCAUUCUGUCCAGCACAGCAUGAUGAGUGCUGGACACUCAGUGCCCACAGGAGAUGGACCAACACACAUGUGGCCCUCAAGGACAGACAUGGCCUAUUCUUACUCUAACAGACACGGGACGCCUAGUCAGAGCUCUCCUUACCCAGGGAUGGGACGCAUAGAUGAUAUGGAUGGAGUCAGAGCAGACAAUCAGUGGCCUGGGCAUCAGCGCCAAACACCGUACAUAUCCGGUCACUCUAAUUCUAUGGGUCUUAUGAAUUCACGACCUCCAUCUUCCUACCAGACAUCUAACCAUAUCUCCUGUGAACCAAGCCCAGGGCCUUUUCAGCGCUCUAUGGAAGCACAUGUGCAACCCAACAAGAUGGCCUUUAUGCAGUCUAUGAAGAUGCAAAAGCCAGGAAUGUCAGUGCCAAGUGGCUCCGGGAGUGGAGUCCCAGGUCAGAUGCCACCCAACAUGAGGAGAGACUGUCCAAUGGGUUGUGCAGAAGCGGCCCAACCUCUCCUGAAACCUCGACGCAAAAUGACCUCAAAAGACACUGGAACCCCAGAAGCCUGGCGAGUGAUGAUGUCACUCAAGUCAGGUCUCCUGGCAGAAAGCUCAUGGGCUCUGGAUACAAUCAACAUCCUUCUUUAUGAUGACAGCACUGUAGCAUCAUUCAGCCUGACUCAGUUGCCUGGAUUCCUAGAACUCAUUGUUGAGUAUUUAAGAAGAUGCUUGAUUGAGAUCUUUGGCAUCUUGGAGGAAUAUGAGGUGGGGACUCUCGGCCAGAAGACUCUGCUUGGUCCGGUUGAGGAUGAAAGUCCAAUUGAGCAAGACUCGCUCAAGUUUGACAUCCCCUGUGAGCCAGAGUCCAGCCAAGAACCAGAGAAAAACUCCAUGGAUUCUCCACCUGGGUCUUCUGAGACAGACCCAGAGUUAAAUCAGGAAGGUCAGAACGAGAAUGAAAUGUUGAAAAAUGAGAGAGAAGAGAAGGAUGAACAGAGAACUGAGGAUACUACAGAGCCUCUUGAGGACCAUUCGGCAACAGUGCCCGAACCAAGACCCAAACAAGCCAGCAAAUAUGAUAAGCUGCCUGUCAAGAUUGUUCCCAAAGAUGAUUUCAUUGAGGAUAUUUCUGAUGAGCUUGGGCAUGUGCAGAAGUUCGACAGUGGAAUACUUCACUGGAAAGUAGGCGGUGGGGACUCCACAAACUAUAUCUUAACACAUUUUGAGAGUCGUGAGAAGUGCACUAAUAAUAGUGUCCAGAGCAAACAACACUGCUGUGCUUUAAAAUUAAAGGACAUACAUAACAACCAAGUUGCAACUAUAGAUGAUGUGCUGUCGCCAAGAUUGAGAGCUAUCUCUGAGGAAGAAAACUCAUCAACCUCCUUGAGCAAUCCUUCAUAUUCAUUACGCCUUUUUGAGAACCGAAAAGGGAUCACUCUACUGGAGGAUGAACCUCACUGUCCAGAUGAACCUCCACUGUGCACAAAACCCAGUUGGCAGGACUCUUUGACCAAACGCUGCAUGUGUGUCUCUAAUAUCAUCCGCAGCCUGUCGUUCAUCCCUGGAAACGAUACUGAGAUGUCCAAGCAUCCAGGCCUGAUUCUGAUCCUUGGCCGAUUGCUGCUGUUGCACCAUGAGCACCCAGAGAGGAAGAGAACCGUCCCUAGUUACGACAAAGAUGAGUACCGUAAGGAGGAAGAAAUCAAGCCCUGCAGUAGGGAUGAGUGGUGGUGGGACUGUCUGGUAGCACUGAGGGAGAACACUUUGGUUACAUUGGCCAACAUUGCGGGACAACUAGACCUGUCGGUCUACCCAGAGAGUAUAUGCCUUCCUAUCCUUGAUGGCCUGCUCCACUGGAUGGUGUGUCCUUCAGCUGAGGCCCAGGACCCGUUUCCUUCAGCAGGGCCACAUUCACAGCUCAGCCCAAGAAGGUUGGUGUUGGAAUGUCUGUGCAAACUCAGCGUUCAGGACGGCAACGUAGACUUGAUCCUGGCCACACCGCCAUUUAAUCGUCAGGAGAAGUUCUUUGCUACACUGGUGCGUCAUGUAGGAGAGCGCAAACUACAAGUUUACCGCGAGAUGGCAGUGGCUGUGCUGUCCAACCUGGCUAGAGGGGACUCUUCAGCGGCGCGUGGCAUCGCCAUUCAGAGAAACGGCGUUGGCAACCUCGUAGGCUUCCUAGAGGAUGGAAUUGCCAUGACUCAGUAUCACCAAAACCCACACAGUCUGCUACACAUAGGUCAUCCUCCCAUGGAGCAACCCAGUGUGAGCAUGCUGUGUCGAGCUGCCAAAGCACUACUGGAACUGGCCAAGGUGGAGGAAAACAGGCCUGAGUUUAUGCUCUAUGAAAGCAGACUGCUGGAUAUCGCCAUCUCCUCCGUGCUAAAUGUAAAUGUGAUAGCCAUCAUCUGCGAAGUACUCUUUUACCUCGGCAAGUCAUGACAAAAGGUGGAAUGCCUUUAAAACUGUAUUACACCCAGUCACAUGGACGAGGCACUUUCAUAUUUAUAUUAAAAAUCAAAGUUGCUUUAUAUAUGAAUAAAUGAAA